CAGACAUCCCAGGUCAUGCACUUGGCGACGCGUAAUAACAAAGAUGCGGUCAAUUGCCGUUUUUCUGCUACACACAGGUUAUUGCGUGUUGGAAGCAGCAGCCCCAUCAUAGUGCAGACAUGGCUGGUGGUAAAGGCCGUGGUAUAGCUGCCUUCAGCUUCAACAUCGAAUCCCUGGGCCUCAGCAGGGGGAAUAUGCCUCAGACCAGAGUGGGGCCCAACAAGCUGUAUCCAGAUGUGGAGUUCAAGCCUGUGCCGUUGAAAGUGGGAGAAGAUGAGGACUACAUGCUAGCCCUGAAACAGGAGAUAAGGGGAACCAUGAGACAACUACCCCACAACAUCAGGCCUCUGGCUGGGAAAGGAGAUGUGGAAAGAUACAAGGAGAGGUAUCAGAGACAAAAUAUGUUGGAUGAGGAGUGGACACCAGACUGGCAGCUCUUUCCAAAAGAACUGAUGCCUCAAAAGAAAAAGUUGAAUGUAAAACCGGGUGCAAAGAAGAAACCCAUAAAGGUGUCAAGCAAAGAAAAAUCAGAUGUACUCAGUAAAUUAGAUGAACUUGAAAAGAAAGAUGAUGUCAAAUCAGAUGAGGAGAAAGAAGAAAAGAAAUCUACAGAGGAAGGAGAGGAGGAAGAAAUUGAAGGAGAGGAGUUGGACGAGGAGGAAUUAGAAGAGGAAAAUGACUACAUUGCCAGUUACUUUGAAGAUGGUGAUGAUUUUGGUGCAGGCAGUGAUGAGAACAUGGAUGAAGGAGCCACAUAUUAACCUCCAACUGUAUGGAUGUUAUCUCAAGAGCAUACAGUAUUUAAAAAGCCAAAAUAAUGUUGACUGUCACUCUUCCAAAUGUUUCCCCCCUGCAAAUCAUGAUUUAGCAUUUACCAAAUAGCUGUUGGCUGUAUGACUAACACUGUCAUCAACUUUACAUAUUGUUUGAUGAACCUACAUGUACAAUGAGA